CCAAAACUGAUAGGAAUGGCUAUGAUAUCUUGUUCUUACGCUCAAGGAUGGACCUAUGAUGUUUUCCUGAGUUUCAGGGGCACGGACACCAGAAGAAGUUUCACCGGCUUUCUUUAUCAUGCUCUGCGUCAGAAGGGGAUUAACGCAUUCAUAGAUGAUGAGGAGCUUAAGAGAGGGAAAGAAAUUUCUCCAUCUCUUCUGAAAGCAAUUGAAGAGUCAAGGAUUUCUAUUAUUGUAUUCUCUGAAAACUAUGCAUCUUCCACAUGGUGUCUGGAGGAGCUUGUUAAGAUCCUUGAUUGCAUGAAGGUCAAGGGGCAAUUGGUUUUGCCAGUUUUUCACCACGUAGAUCCCUCAGUGGUACGCCAUCAAAAGGGAAGUUUUGGCAUAGCCAUGGCCAAGCAUGGAGAUAGGUUCAAGAAUAAUACGAAGAAGGUGCAGAAGUGGAAGUUGGCUUUGUCUGAAGCAGCUAACUUGUCUGGUUGGAGCUUAGAAAACGGGUAUGAAUUUGAGAUUAUUCAAAGGAUUGUUGAAGAGGUCUCUGGUAAAUUAAAUCACACCCUUAUGCACAUUGCCGAAUAUCCAGUUGGACUAGAAACUUGUUUAUCAGAAGUGAAAUCACUUUUGCAUAUGGAGCCAGGUGAACAAAUUCGAAUGAUAGGAAUCUAUGGAUUUGGAGGUAUAGGAAAAACAACAAUUGCUAGAGCUCUAUUUAACUUGAUUGCCAAUGAAUUUGAUGCUGCAUGUUUCCUUGCUGAUAUUAGAGAAAGUUCAAAUCAACCAAAAGGCUUAGCACAGCUCCAAGAAGCACUUCUUUUUGAUUUGGUUGGAGACAAGAACAUUAAGCUAGGAAAUAUUUACAAAGGAAUCCCCAUUUUGAAGAAAAGAUUGUGUUGCAAAAAAGUUCUUUUGAUUCUUGAUGAUGUUGACAAAUUAGAGCAGCUACAAGCUUUAGCAGGAGGACAUGAUUGGUUUGGUUCUGGUAGUGUAAUUGUGAUCACAACAAGAGAUAAACACUUACUAGCUACUCAUCAAGUUGAAAAAACAUACGAGGUAAAGAAGCUACAUCAUGAUGAAGCAUUUGAACUGUUCACUUGGAAUGCCUUCAAAAGAAAAUCCCCGGAUUCAGGUUAUUUUGAGAUUUCACACCGUGUGGCGCUAUAUGCCGAAGGGCUUCCAUUGGCUUUGAAAGUAAUGGGUUCAAAUUUGUAUGGUAAAACAGUGGAUGAGUGGCAAGAUGCAUUGGACAAAUAUGAAAAGAUUCCCAACAAAGAGGUUCAGAAUGUACUCAGAGUAACCUAUGAUAAUUUGGAGGAGAAUGAGAGAGAAAUUUUCCUAGACAUUGCAUGCUUCUUCAAAGGGGAGACAGUAGAAUAUGUUGAAAAGACGCUAAAAGCUUGUGGUUUCUAUCCAAAAAUUGGUAUCGGUGUCCUAAUUGAUAGAUCUCUUGUAACUAUUGAUCGGUAUAACAAAUUAAGAAUGCAUGAUCUAAUACAAGACAUGGGAAGGGAAGUUGUAAGAGAAGAUUCUCCAUUAGAGCCUGGAAAUCGAAGUAGAAUUUGGCACCCUGAAGAUGUUUAUGAAGUACUUACUCAAAAUACUGGAUCAAGGAAAAUUCAAGGCAUGAUGGUGGACCUCCCAGAUCAUUAUAUGGUACACUUGACAGCAAGCACCUUUAAAAGGAUGAGAAAUAUGAAAAUUUUUAUAGUUAAGAACGCACACAUUUUUGGGAGCCCUCAACAUCUUCCAAACAAUUUAAGAUUGCUUGAUUGGAUGGAAUACCCCUCCUCAUCAUUACCAUCUAAUUUUCGUCCAAAGAAACUUGUUGGACUCAACUUAUCUCGUAGUUGUUUUGCCAUGCAGGAGCCAUUCAGGUAUUUUGAUUCUUUGACAUCUAUGGAUUUGAGCCACUGCGAUCACUUAACAAAACUUCCUGACAUUUCUGGAGUUCCAAAUUUGACAGAAUUAAAUCUUGAUUAUUGUGCAAAUUUAGAAGAGGUUGAUGAUUCUGUUGGAUUUCUUGAUAAACUUGUCGAGUUGAGGGCUUCUGGAUGCACCAAACUAAGGGCAUUUCCACGUGCCAUUAGGUUGCCAUCACUCAAAAGUCUGAUCCUUAUAUGGUGUUCAAGCAUUCAAAGAUUCCCAGAUAUCUUAGGAAAAAUGGACAAUCUCGUAUCCAUUUCUAUUGAAAGUAGUGGCAUAGAAGAAUUACCAGCUUCCAUUGGAAACCUUAUUGGACUUCAGGAACUAUGCAUGACAUCUUGCUUAGGUCUCAAGGAACUACCAGAAAGCCUUGACAUGCUACAAAAUCUAAGAAACCUUAACAUAGAGGGUUGUCCACAACUUCGAAAUUUUUUGAAGAAAUUGAAAGACAUGGGACAGCAUACCCCUACCUUCCAUAAUGUUGAUUCAUUGAAUCUAGAAAAUUGUGGCCUAUUGGAUGAAGAUCUUCCCAUAAUUUUACACUCUUUUCCAAAGUUGACUUCACUAGACCUUUCAGGGAACAAAUUUGAAAUGCUUUCAUCCUGCAUACAGGAGUUUCUUUACUUGCAAUUACUUCACUUAAACAGUUGCAAGUUUCUCCAAGAAAUUCCAACCUUACCUCCCAAUUUACGAUUCAUUGAUGCAAGUAAUUGCACAUCAUUGAAUAGAGAGUCGUCAAGUUCAUUAUUGAGUCAGGAUACCUUUCAGGAAAGGGAGUUACAUGUUAUUGUGCCUGGAGCAAGCAUUCCGACAUGGUUUGAUCUCUGCAGCAAAGAAGAAUAUAUGACAUUUUGGGUUCGUGAGAAAUUUCCAGUGAUUGCCCUAUGUUAUGUUUUUGCAGUAGAGGGUGAAAUGAAGAAGGAGGGUUUCAGUUGCGAAGUUCGCUUUUUCAUUAAUGGUGAAGAAUUGUUUGAAUUGGAAAUACCAACAAGCUUCGCAAAAAUGGUGACAGAUCAUGUUUGGCUAUUUGAUUUGCGAACGCUGCCUCCCUUCCAGGGGAAAGCGUUUGAUUCUUAUUUGGAUGAUAACUGGAAUCAGGUGGAGAUUUCUUGUGAAAAAAUGUCUGAAGUUCCAAGUGUAACUGUGAGUUGGUGUGGGAUACAUGUAAUCCAACAAGAAGAAAAUGCGAUCAGAUUCACAGACCCCUAUUUGGAUUCUGAUUCUGUCACAGAAUCUGAUAACAAAGAGACUGAACUGAAGAAGCUCACUAGUAAUAACAAGUCAGUGGAAGAUUUUCAAGUCUUCAAAGAUAAUUGUCACAAUGUGAAUGAUAACUGGGAAGCCUGUGAGGCAGAGGAUAGCCAAAUGCUUGAAUGCAAGGGAAAUGAGAUAAACAAAACUCAGGAUGAUGAGGAAAUGGAAGCAUUUUAUGCUUCUUUAGAUGCUGAGAUCUUUGUUCCAUUACCUUCAAAAGAUAUCACAUCUAUUUCUGAAUUGAAAACUGAUAUCAAACCAAGUGAAGGAAUCCAAAAAGCAUGGAAGACAUUUCAAGAAUUUCUCACCAAAGAUUUUUCUGAAAUGUUGGAGCCUAAAAAUUAUAGUACCAUGAAAGCUACAUUGGAUUGCCUCUCUGGAUUAUCUGCAGAUGAUGGAGUGUCAAUAGAAAUGAGAUCAGUGAUAAUAGAAGUUUCAAGAGAAUUUACUCAUUGGAGUUGCGAUUAUAGCAAUGCAAGCAAGAAAAUGAAGAUUACCGAAGCCAGCGUGUUGAAAAUGCAUGAAACAACUGAAAGUCUUGAAGCUAACAAGAGCCAUUUCAAGGAGGUGAUGACCAUGAAAAAUGAGCUGCACAGCCAAUUGGCCUAUUUGGAGGAGAGAAAGAAAGAGCUGGAGGAUCAAAUCAACGCCAUUAAAUCUGAUAUCAGGGCUUUCGAAUCAGCUGAGAAAAUGGUUACUAAGAGAAAGAGAGAAAUUUUUGAGGAAGGAAAGCUUCUCCUAGCUCAAAGAGAUGAGUUGAGAGAACAAUUGCCACGCUUGAGAGAUGACUGGGCACUGGCCAAGGAGAUCCACGCAAAUAUCAGUACCGAAUGGUCAAAACUUGGAGAGAAAAUAAACAACAAAAGCGUAUAUAGGUGUUUUUGAGUGAAAUAUGGUCUGUUAUGUAAGAGGAAGUACUAGGAAUAGAAAUAAAUUAUUGAACACAUGAUGUCAAGUUCACUCCAACUUUGAAGAGUAAAUGUAGAAUAUGUUUGUUCAAUGAA